UUCAUGUUGAUGAAUGCAUGACUUGUGCAACCAAAAGGUAAAGAUCCACACCAACUUGCCCCUUUCUUCCUAUAAAUAAAUUUUCUCAACCCAACGUUUGAACCAUCUCCAAGCAUCAUCUCAGCCUUGACAUCAAUCCAGCAACAAACCUGUGACAAGCUUCUUCUUCCUGGAGCACACAAGAAGGCCUCAGCCAAGAAAUCGAGGAAUUCAUCGAAUAUGAAGAACCAGCAGCUUCUGGCACAUGUUCUGGGGCUUCCCCUCCGCUCAGUAGUAGCGCAUCCAUCGGCUUCAGAGAGAACCCCUAAAAUGCUUCUUCAAGACUCUGCCGGAUACUACCACAUUCCCUCCUCCUCUUCCAAAGGAUCUAUCAUAUCGAAACAGAAUAGGAUCAAAAAACUUGGAGGAAAAGCGGACAAUCUUGCAAAUGGCAUCCGGGAACAUGUGAGAUUAGGUCCCAAAAUCACUGAAACUGUCAAGGGCAAAUUGAGCCUGGGGGCUAAAAUUCUUCGAGCCGGUGGAGUGGGGAAGAUCUUCAAACGCAACUUUAGUGUCAGAGAGGGGGAGAAGCUGCUGAAGGCUUCCCAAUGCUAUUUAUCGACGACAGCUGGUCCUAUUGCAGGCCUCCUCUUUAUCUCAACUGACAAAGUCGCCUUCUGCAGCGAAAGAUCCAUAGAAUUGCGUUCCCCAACAGGCGAGUUGAUCAGAAUGUGUUACAAGGUAUUGAUUCCAUUGGAAAAGAUAUUGAGAGCCAAUGAAAGCCAAAACAUGAAGAGACCAUCAAAGAAGUACAUAGAAAUUGUUACUGUGGAUAACUUUGACUUCUGGUUCAUGGGAUUCCUGAAUUACGGGAAAACCAUCAAAUCUCUUCAGCAGGCAAUCUCCCAGGCUCAAUGACUCGCAGUUUCUAUCACCUUUAGGUUUUUAGCUGGGCCAAGCAACAGAGGUCCAACCUUAGUGUUAAGACCUGUGGGUGAAUAUUGUGAGCAAAUUUUGUUACCGAGGCUUGCUUUGCCUCAAAGCAAAGAAAUGUGUAUAUCAUUUGUGCUAUUUGGCCACAUGGUUAUGGAUGUUGUUGUAUAUGAUUUUAUCGGUAGCUA